CCAAGACAGUGCUCUCGCUUUGCCACUACGAACACACGGUUAUAUAGCAACUUGGUAAAUGGUCCUGUAAUCGGAAGCUGUGGAGCGAUAACACGUAGCCAAUCAUAAUUCCUUAAGCAUUUAUUAAGCUUGACCUAUAACAUAGCGUUACGAGGCCGACUUGUUUCCGAUAGUGCGAUUCGCGUUUAGCUCAUUGUAUUGUUAGGCCGCGGUAACUUGUGGGUGUACCUCAUCGUCAUAAGUCAUACUUGAUGCGAUCUUCUUGAUGGUACCUUUUGGAACAAUUAAUAGAUUUUUACAGUAACUCGAAGCUUAACUCCGGGUGGAAGUUCAAUUAUAGAAGACAAAUACAAAUGAAAAUACGAAAAGGAACGGCGCAUGCGAAAGAAGAGACAACAGGAGGAGCUCGCCCAACAACAACAACAGCUACAACUACAAGAACCCUUCUACGUGAGGGCGAACGCCUCCACCUUUCCCAGUUCUGUCGAAAUUAAGGCCAGUCCUAAGGACGAGAUCUCCAGCCUCGGCUCCGGCGACAGACCCAAUGUUACCAUACUUGCUCCCAUCAGUAUCUGUCUCGGUGCGAUGCUCUGCUACAUCGUCGCGGGCGCCUUCACCUUGCACAAACUUGAAGGCUGGUCCUUCGUAGAUGCGAGCUACUUCUGCUUCAUGAGCCUGAGCACGAUCGGGUUUGGCGACAUGGUUCCUGGUUCCUACCCACGGCCCAACCCCGCUGAGUCCAGGAACGUGACCGUGUGGUUCUGUUCCUGCUACAUCAUGUCGGGCAUGGCCCUGACCGCGAUGUGUUUCAAUAUCCUCCACGACGAGAUCGUGCACCGACUGACCCACCAGGAUAAGCAGGAGCAGGUCAAGGCCAGCCCUAGUGUGGACGAGCUGACGACGGACCCGUUCGCCCUGACGUCGUGACAAUUUCCCACUAGUACACUUCGCCACAGGAACGUCACCGAGGAGACCCUCUGCAGUGACGCUCCGACAAGCCUAUUCGCCCACGAGAACGAGAUCAACAUCCUGAAGGACUCCUAUAACCAGGUCGACGUCACUCGGGACUGUAAACCCGUGCUCAAACUCGAAGAUCAUCUAGGACCAAUGAUGGCGGUAUACACCCUUCCCGAGGUCGACGAAGAAGCCGAGGAGAAUACGGAGAUGUGAGGAUUACACAGCCACGUAAGUGGCACAUCCUGGCCACGACGAAGAGCGAGAACUUCCAAUGAAGUUCCCUCUCGAAAGAUUUCCGCCCUCGGGGUGUCCUCCUCGUAGCCUCUGUCUCUGUUCCCGAAACCACUGAAAAUUAUCCAUUAAUUGGUAGAUCUUUAGGAAGUCUGGUAGUUACGUAUUCUUCUAAAAUUUACUCUUUUCUUGUUCGCAACCUAUAUAGAAAUUGGUUUAUCCGGUCAUAAGGAAUGAUGUUUUUUUCAUGGUUCAUUUAUUUAUAAGAAAUUUUAGAAACUUUUUCAAGCUCCCUGUGUAUACUUGUACGGAUAUGUUUAACGUAUGUCCUGUCGCGUCUUGGAUUAAUAGGGAAACGAAACGUAUAGCUAUAAACGAAAAUAUGUCUGGAAUCGAUUCGAAAUUUAUCCGUCAUAAUAAGGCACAGAAAUUAACGAGAUCCUUUACGACGUACAAAUGAGAUCUAAUGUUAUAUCUGCCGGAAGUAUUACUUUACUAAGACGUGUACUGUAAAUGUGAUAUAGACUCGAAAUGUAAUUAGGCUUUUUUCUACUAUGUUUACAGAUAGAUUAAUAGUGUAUUUUCACUAUGAGGGUACUGAAAGGAAUUUUUGAUACACGCUUGCCAUAUUUAUACUGUGGUCUUUCUAUAUUCUUGUUGCAUUUCUGCUGUAUUAAGGUAUGAAUAUAAAUGACAUCCCCAAGCAAUUUUCAGGAUAUACCUCCGACAGAUACAAUAUUGGAAUCUUGAGUGCACAACUUCGCGUGUUGACCAUUUGUCGAGCUGAUACAUAUAUUUUACAAGCUCAAUAUCGUCCUGCUGGUUAAAAGUAAUACACUUGAAUGAUUAAUCGGAUCUGCACUUAACCGAUUUUAAAUUCAUUUUUGGUUUAUCCGUUAAUCUCUCUACUUACGCGAUUGUACAGGAAGCUACGUAAUUUUUCCAUCUUUAAACAUAAGGAACGAUCAUUUAGCAGUUUGUGGGUAUUAUCGAUUAUGUAUAUUGGGUCAGAAUGGAAUUUUCUUACAUAGUUCGAUAAUAUAAUUCGUAAAAGUAGAAACAUCAAAAAUGUGUAUUUCCUGUUUUUAGUAACUGAAUUUAAUCAGUCAGGUCAGCGUAAAAUGAAUUAUUUCCAUAAAAAUAGUUAAAUCAUUAAUUUUCUAGUGCUUUUCCCUCAUUUUCUGUUGAUUUGGUUUAAAAGUCACGUAAUCAAUGAUAAGCAAUCGCAGAAACUUCCUCUUAUAAGAUUAAUCGUUUGAGUUCUAUAAUAGUUAUCCACGAAUGGACCUCCAUUCCUUUCUUAUGAACUCCUCUUAAAUGAUUCGGACUCCGCAGCUAAAUCCAUAAUUCGCGAAGAGAUACCGCGAUUAUCCGAAGGCUUCCCGGGAAUUUUAUCGCCUGGAAUGAAAAUAAUUACAUUUUAACGCGAAACGACGAAGCUCUAAAUCAUCGAAGGAGAAUUCUAACGAUAACGACAAUUUUCUCGUGUGCGCAAAUAUUUAAUUCAUAAAUAGGAAAUAAUAUUCCUGUUUCGAAAUGGAUGUCGAAAGAGAAACUGUUUUUAUUAAAACGUUCAUAAGAAUCGCCAUUCAAUGAACCUGGCUUAUAAAAAUUGAAUAACAAGUAUUUUAAUUUUUUAAAUAUGAUAUAUAAAUACAUUUAUAUUUAUUAUAUGAUACAUUUUACUUGAUUCUACUGAAUGCACUUGAAUUAUAUAUAAUUUCUGUUUUUACAAAAAUAAUACUCUUUAUAGUCUAAAAAUGAAGUUUCUUAUAAAGUGCGAGGGCAAGUUUCAAAACACCAGUUUACGUCACAGUAAUGCCCCGAACUGCAUUCGAUAAUUUGAACACAUUCGCGACCGCUGACGUGAAUUCACGUCUUUUCAAGUUCUAGCCCUG